CAAUGUCUGCUUUAUUUGCAGCCAUCUUUUUGCUUGGCCUGUGCUUGACAAACGCCAUCAACUUCACAACCGUCUACGAGUGGGAAACAUUAGAUUUCUCGUGGCCUCUACGAGUGGACAGUUCAAUUAUUGGAAAGAUGAAACAAAAUUUUUAUCCAAGGAAAGUUCAAUUUCAAAACAUGGCUGUUUUUGGAGAAAGGCUGUUUCUAAGCCUUGAUCGGGAAUACGGAAUUCCCGCCACACUGGUGUGGUUGCCAACGAGCGACACGUCGAAUGCACCUCCAAAGCUUAAACCUUUCCCAACAUGGGAUUUUCAUAAAGAAGAUGACUGCGACACUAUUCAGGCUGCCAAAGGUAUGGAAGCAGACACCGAAGGUCGGUUGUGGGUGCUUGAUAAAGGUAGCAGCGCAUGUCCGAGCAAAAUUUGGAUAUUCCACCUGCUCAACAAAGACGCCAUAGAGCACAUUCACCAUUUCCCGGAUGCAGUCGUCUCUCAUUCAUAUUACAGAAGGGAGCUGCGUGAUAUCGUGCUGGACAAAACGCCAGAUGAUUACUUUGCGUACAUCACGGACUACUAUGCUGAGCAAAUUGUUGUUUUCAGCCGAAAUACCGACAAAUCCUGGGAAGUUAAAACACCAGGCAAACGAUGGAAUUCCUUGGCCCUCUCUGCUAACAGAGAAGCGAGACAGUUGUACCUUGGAAGUGCUGAUUCCAGUGAAAUGUACUCAGUGUCUGUGUCUGAGCUGAAGAUUGGAAGCGGCAGCCCUACUGUGAAAUUCAUUGGAACAUGGACUGAAUUCCCCUACAGGAUGUUAAUCGACAGUGCCAAUGUCUUGUAUGCCGCAUUUAAAUACCAGAAUUACAUCUCCAAAUGGAAUAUUUCGGAGUCCUUUCGAAAGCAGCGAUUUCAUGAGGUCGGAAGUCUGUUCACUCCUUGGCCAUUUACUUUUGCUUUUGACACGAACAACAAUAUAUGGAUGACUGAGAGAAAUGAAACUGGGAGUGCAAAUAGGCACAAACUACUCAGGGCUGCAGUCGGCGUAAGAUCGUAUUUAUUCAACACACCCGCAGCCUCGCUUACGCCUCAAGUUAACUUGAAAGAAGAGACAAGUACGCAAAUGCCAACAAGCAGUUCUGGAACUACGACCCAACCGGCUCUGGAAUCAAACGGAACUUGCGGUGGUUUAGCGGAUCUUGAAGAAAACUACCACAAGAGUCAGUCUUUGAUCACCGUUCUGAUUUGGUUGCUCGUUUGUUGCCUCAUUUGCUUGGUCUUGAGCGGCGCGGUCAUUGCGUGGCUGACCCUGAGGAUGAGAAGAAUGCAAACCUCUUUGAGGCACAUUUCGAAGGAAAAUCAGGAGCUUUUGCCUAGCAGUUGCGAAACUCGGCCUUAAUGUUCAACUUGUAAUAUAUUUUACGUCCUUAUUAAAGCUCUGAUAUAUUCACGC